UCCAUGUUGCCGGCACGUCGUUCGACAGUUUACAUUGUGUUUUUUUAAAACUAUAAUUCACGUUUAAUAUACGAAUAUGUCUAGAGCAACAGUACUCUGAUUGCGUGCAUGUCAGCCACGGGUUGAUUAAUCAAGGCUCAGUGUCAGGACAGUGUAAUACGAGAAUCAAACUUUUUCUACUGAGAAUUCAUUGGUUUAACCAACAAAUAGAAGUUUCUGGUGUCGUGUUGGAGGUUGACAACUGCUCAUCAGUCGACUCUCGCUCCGAAAUACAUUGUUUAUUUUUUAAAUUGAAUUUUUGUAUUUUGUACAUACAAUUGCGCCAAAAUGACUCGGAAUUUAGUUGUGCUGGGGCUAAGCAUAUUGCUCGGUUUUUUGUACCUCGGAGGUGCCAAUGGACUUGCCGUUAUGAGUGUUGAUAUCGGAAGUGAAUGGAUGAAAGUUGCCAUUGUUUCGCCUGGAGUGCCAAUGGAGAUAGCCCUAAACAAAGAAUCAAAAAGAAAAACCCCAGCAGUGAUAGCAUUCCGCGAAGACGAGCGUUUCUUCGGAGAAGACGCCCAAGGAGUGGGCAUUCGUUUUCCGAAAAACAGUUUCUCCUACAUACUGGACCUCCUGGGGAAGUCCAUAGAUAAUCCAAUAGUCUCCCUCUACCAGAAGCGAUUCCCCUACCACGAGAUAAUCGCCGACGUGGAGCGCAAUACGAUAGGCUUCAGGAUGGACGAUGGAACGAUCUUCACUCCAGAAGAGCUCCUAGCUCAACUGCUGCAUAAAGCCAAGGAGAUGGCCGAGAAUUCUGCAGGUCAGAAGAUCAAGGAAGCAGUGAUAACAGUGCCUGGCUUCUUCAACCAGGCUGAGAGGAGGGCGAUGAUCCAGGCAGCAGAGCUGGCUGACAUCAAAGUCCUUCAACUCAUCAACGAUUACACUGCAGUGGCAUUAAACUACGGAAUCUUCCACAGAAACGAGUUCAAUGACACCACCCAAUACAUCAUGUUCUACGACAUGGGGGCGAGUUCCACAACAGCGACAGUCGUCAGUUAUCAGAACGUCAAAACAAAGGAGAGAGGAUACGUCGAGACUCACCCACAAGUCAGCAUCCUAGGUGUGGGCUACGACAGGACUCUUGGGGGUCUUGAAGUCCAAACAAGACUGCAGCAGCACCUGGCUGAGGAAUUUGACAAACUCAAGAAAACAAAGUCCUCAGUUUUCGAGAGUCCCAGAGCCAUGGCGAAACUCUUCAAGGAGGCUGGAAGGGUCAAGAACGUCCUCAGUGCCAAUGCUGAUCAUUACGCACAGAUCGAGGGACUCCUCGAUGAACAGGACUUCAAACUCCAGGUGACGAGGGAGAAGCUCGAGGAACUGGCUGCCGAUGUCAUGGAGCGAGUCACUGCGCCAAUUCAGAUGGCUCUGAACACUUCACAGUUGACUAUGAGUGUUGUUUCUCAUGUUAUUCUUGUUGGGGCUGCCACCAGAAUGCCCAAGAUACAGGAGAUGCUGCAAAACUAUCUGAAUACUGAACUGUCGAAGAAUAUUAAUACUGACGAGGCUGCUGCACUGGGGGGUGUCUACAAGGCGGCUGAUCUCAGUUCUGGCUUCAAAGUCAAGAAGUUUAUCACUAAGGAUGGGGUUUUGUUCCCGAUUCAGAUUGUUUUUGAUAAAUCGAACGAGGAGAAGUCUAAACAGGUUCGAAGGACACUUUUCAGUAAAAUGAAUGCAUAUCCUCAGAAGAAAAUUAUUACAUUCAAUAAACGUCAGGGAGACUUUGAUUUCUCGGUGGGUUAUGCUGACUUGGAUCACAUUCCACCUCAUGAAAUUCCAGCUAUUGGAAACCUCAACCUGUCGACAGUAUCUCUGACCGGUGUGACUGAGGCCUUCGAGAAGCACCAGAAAGAGGGAGCCGAGAGUAAAGGAAUAAAAGCCCACUUUGCCAUGGACGACAGUGGCCUGCUAGAGCUCGUUAAUAUCGAACUAGUCUCUGAAAAAUCCACAGCGGUUGAAAAAGACGAGGGUACUUUCUCUAAACUUGGUUCUACGAUUAGCAAAUUAUUCUCAGGAUCAGACGAGCCAGAGGCUGAGAAAGUGGAGGAACCACCAAAGGAGGACAUCAAACCAGUUCGUGAGGAGCCAGAGGCUCCACCAGCCCCAGAGACCCCGGAAAAACAGAACUCGACGAACGCAACUAAACCAGAAGAGCCCAAACCCUCGAACCAAACUGACAAAUCAGAGAAGAAGGUGACAUUGGUGAUCCUGAAGGAGCCAAUUCCAUCUUCAGAGACUAAAUAUGGUCCUCAAGCACUACAAGGUCCCAAGCUAAAAGAAUCCAUCGAGAAGAUCAAGAAGCUAGAACUCAAGGAUCUUGAGAAGGUCCGAAGAGAGACUGCCCUGAACACGUUAGAGUCCUUCGUCAUCGACACACAGCAACAUCUGCAGUUUGACGAGUACAAGUCUGCUGCUGCCUCUGGAGAAAUCGAGAAGAUCAACGAGGCUUGUAGCGCCACCUCAGACUGGCUGUAUGAGGAUGGCUUUGGCAAGUCUGCAGAUGUCUACGAGGAGAAAUUGAAUGAUCUCAAAAAAUUGACUUCAGAUCUUUAUGAGAGGGUCUUCGAGCAUCGAGAGAGGCCUGAAGUCCUCGCAGGCAUGGAGACCAUGUUGAAUGGGAGCAAAUUCUUCCUGAAUAAUAUGAAGAAUAUCAGUGGUGGGGAGAAUAAGAUUUUUACAGCCAUCGAGAUCGAGACCUUGGAGAAGACUAUUAAUGACACUCACGAGUUCCAUCAGACGGUGAUCAAGACUGUCGCUGAGACAAAGUCUCACGAGCCAAUUAAAUUUAAAGUCAGGGAUAUUGCUAAUAAGAUGGCUCUUCUCGAUAGGGAGGUCAAGUACCUCGUGAAUAAGGCCAAAAUUUGGAAGCCAACGGUGGAGGAAAAAGUCCCUGAGGGGUCAGGCAGUGAUAAUCAGACGGAAAGUGCUCCCGCGAGGAACUCAACGAGUCCUGUGGAUUCUGAGGAAAGUGUCACGAUUGACAGUGAAGAGGAGACCAUCACUGAGGGACAGGGGGUCGACUCAGCGACCACUGAGAAGCCUGAACCACCCAAAGACGAGGGGGAGAAGAAAAACGACGAGCACCUCGAGCUCUGAGAGCAGUGAAAUUUAGGAAAUGUGUUAUGAUAUUUAAUUGAGAUGUUUCUGGAUAAUUAAGCAUGGGGACUUAAUGAGUGGAACGAACAUUUGGGUUUUUAUGGCAAUGUUCAUCGUGUUUAAUAAGGCUGCAAUUUUUUUCUCAAUUGGAUUAUUAAUUUGUAAUUGAUAAGGAGGGAUUGAGGGUUUCAUUCAGUGGUGGCAUGCCGAUGCACUGAUUGGAAUCCAUUCAUUUAUAAAUAAAAUAUAGCUUUAAGACUUUGAAUUCCACUACUAUCAGCCUCGGUAAUUCCAUCUGUAAUUUAAUGAUCAACUUUUGUUAGGGAUUUAUAUUUUCUUUUCUGAAUGAGUGAAAUUCAUCAUGAAAUAAAUUAUGCACAAAUUCGGUGGUUUGAUUGAAUGAUGUACAGUAUUUAAUUAAUUUAAAUAAUUAAUGAAACAAAUGUUCAGAUUUUUCAUGAUAA